UAGAAAGACGCCUCAGUGUACACUUCUUAAAUUAGUGCAAGAAGUUGAGCUGGAAAGAACAAAUCUUCUAUCUUAUAGGGACUCUAGCGCUUAGCUCUAGCCAUUGAAAUCAGACUGGUGCCUCUCUCAUACUUCUCUCUGUUUAAACACGUGCGAAGUUCGUAAUAAAUAUGUCUAAAAAUAAAGUAGAAUCAGAAAAUGAAAUUGAAGAGAAAUCGAAAAAUUUCCAUGAAUUAGAGCUAGAUGACAGGAUAUUAAAGGCUAUUGCAAAACUAGGCUGGUUAGAGGCUACGUUAAUACAGGAAAAAGCAAUACCGUUAUUGCUGGAAGGAAAGGAUGUCUUAAUCAGAGCUCGUACAGGAUCUGGAAAGACUGGUGCAUUUACUAUACCACUUAUUCAGAAAAUAUUAGUGAACAAACAUAAUCAGGAAAAACAGGAGAUUAAAAGUGUAAUUGUCGCACCUAGUAAAGAAUUAUGCAAGCAGAUUCAAGAAGUAAUAGUCAACCUAACUGUAAAAUGUAGCAGGGAGGUUAGGAUAGUCGAUAUCAGUCCUCAGACAACCUUAAAUGCACAAAAACCAUUAUUGAGUGAAAUGCCAGAUAUUGUUGUGGCUACACCUGGUCGCUUGUUGCAACAUUUAAAAGCAAAAAACUUGGUUUUGAAACACAGCUUGGAAACAUUAAUUAUUGAUGAAGCUGACCUGAUAUUUUCAUUUGGUUAUGAAGAUGACAUGAGAGCUGUGUUGGCUUACUUACCAACGGCUUAUCAAGCGGUCUUAGCAUCUGCUACAUUGUCUGAGGACGUUCAAACUCUGAAAAAAUUAGUUCUACAUAAUCCUGCCAUACUAAAGCUGGAAGAACCACCUUUGGCUCCACCCACUCAAUUGACACAUUAUACUCUAGCUGCUGAGGAAAAUGACAAAGCAGCUAUUUUAUAUGCUUUGUUGAAAUUGAAUUUAAUCAGAGGAAAAUCCAUAAUAUUCGUGAAUACAGUAGAUAGAUGUUACAAAUUGAAGCUGUUCCUGGAACAAUUCGGUAUACCCACUUGCGUCUUAAAUUCCGAGUUACCAGCUAGUUCGAGAUGCAGAGCAGUGACGCAGUUCAAUAGUGGCACCUACGAUAUCAUAAUAGCGUCAGACGAAAAAGCAUUAGAAGAGCCGCAUGUGAUAAGCAAGAAAAAGAGCAAGCGGAAAAAGGACAAGGAAUCAGGUGUAGCGCGUGGUAUCGACUUCCAAUUUGUAUCUAACGUCAUUAACUUUGACUUCCCGUUGGACGUGGACUCUUACAUACACAGAGCAGGGCGCACCGCCCGCGGCAAGAAUCAGGGAACCGCCCUUAGCUUCGUGGCGAUUAGGGAAAGAUCUUUGAUGGACAACGUAGAAGAGCAACUAAAGCACACCUACAAUCGUGACAGUCUAUUUAAAACUUAUCAAUUCAAACUGGAGGAAGUAGAAGGCUUUCGUUAUCGCGCGAAGGAUGCUUGGAAAGCGGUCACGAGGAUUGCUGUUCGGGAAGCACGGUUGAAGGAAAUCAAGCAGGAAGUCAUGAACUGCCAAAAGCUGAAGAGUUAUUUCGAGGAUAAUCCGCGCGACCUGCAGUCACUGCGCCAAGACAAAGCGUUGCAUACCGUCAAGCUGCAGUCGCAUCUAAAGGACGUACCCGAAUAUCUAGUGCCACCUACCUUGAAAAGACUCAUGGGAAUCGGCAGAAGAAAGAGGAAAUUCGACAGAGAUGCCGCGGCGUCGGGAGCAACAGCCGCCAAGUCGAGGUAUCGAGCCCGCGCCUCGAAUCCGUUGGUCAGUUUGCAGAUUCCGGCAAAGAGCAAAUGAUUCUUUUUGUAUCUCGAUUCGACUUAAUUUGGCUGUUGUAGAGGAUUUUUCAAACAGGACUGUUCACUUCACUUCUCGUUUUUGUCCUUAUCUUUAUUAUAUUAUUAAUAAAAUUAAUUCAACCAGUAA